AUGAAGAGUUUAAGUAAAUUGAAGAAUAAUGUCGUGUCUGCCUUUUCAAGUGGACCAAAGACUGUUGACCAGAACUUUGAGACAACAAGACGUGAGUUUGCUACAUUGUCAGACUCUGUUAAUAAUACCUACAAUGCUUUGAUCAAGAAUGACAAGAACUUAAAGAAAUCAUUCAUACAUCCAUCUGGAUUGAAUAAGAAUAUAUUGACAUCAUUUACAAAUGAUCAUCCAUUGUAUGUUUAUGCGACAGAGGUUAACAAACAGUUGGAACACUCGUUCAAUGAUUGGGUCACGAGCCAGAAGCUCAAUUAUGAGAUGAUUCAACAGUAUUGUGCAAAGAUAAAGUUUGCAAAGGACACGAUCACUGAGCGCGACACUCUGUUGGCCGACGUGGACAAGGCCGCGCACAAGAUCAAGGAGCUCAAGGAGAAGCCGCAGAAGGACCCCACCAAGCUGCCCACCGAGGAGAACCUCUACAACUCCAAGAAGGAGUCCUACGACAACACCAACUACAAGGCCAUGUGCGAGGUGUCGCAGCUGUUUGAAGACAAGCAGGCCUUCUUUGAUCGUCCACUUCAAAACAUCAUACUGUCCAUUGGCUAUCUCUUCUCGUCCAUCUCGUCCAACCAUCAAUCACACGCUUCCCUCUUGGAGAAGAACCCACCCUACUACAACCCCGUCAAGUCGAUCAUUGGUACGGCGCCAGAGAACUAUCAGAAUCAAGCUGCCAUCUCAAACUCAUUCCAGAAGCCUCCACCCGCUCGUCCCACUCCACCAAGUGCGCCCCCAUCAAGAUACUCGCCUCCACAACAACAACCAGUGCCAGCGCCUGCGUCCACAGCAGCGGCAGCGACAGCGCCACCCCCAUCACAGCCAGUUGGUCCAGGACAGUAUGGUCCUCCACCAACCAGACAGCCUCCAAGACCAACAUCGCAACCUCCACAACAAGCACCAUUCAGAUACUCCCCACCUCAACAGUCACAAACACCCAACCCAGCACCUGGACAGUAUGGCGCCAGGGCACCAUCCCCAACCAGCGCACAGCAAGGGCCCGGUCAAUAUCAUGCGCCAGGUCAAUACCAUGCACCAACUCCAGCUCCAGCACCAUCAGCGCCAGGACAGUAUCACGCGCCCGGACAAUACCAUGCGCCAGCGCCUGCACCAUCAGCAGCACCUGGUCAAUACCAAACACCUGGACAGUAUCAUGCACCGUCUCCAGCUGGACAAUACCAUGCGCCAACACCAGCGCCAGGACCUGGUCAAUACCAAGCACCAGGUCAAUACCAUGCACCGACUACAUCUUUAAAGAAA